AGAAGUGCUGCUUGUACAAGUUAAAGCAGGCACUGAAAAAAGAGCAACCAAAUAAAAAGCAGCUGCAGGAGCAAAGUGGACCCUUCUGAAAUUAAAAGACAUGUCUUUCUUCACCAGAGUUUUGACGCUGAAAUGCAAGCAGACACUUGAAUGUGAGAGGACUUACUUUUACCAGGCGCUUUUUGCCAGCAGCAGGUUUCCCGGGCUGCCCCGGCUGUGCAGCAGCCAGUCCCUGGAGGUGCGGAGCAGCCCGCGGGCAGCGGCGGGGAACAAAGGCGAGGGGCGCGGAGCGGAGCUGCUGGAGCCCCCCCCGCGCCGCCUGGGCAGGGUGAAGAGCCUGCACGAAAUGCCCGGACCCAACACYCUCUACAACCUCUACGAGUUCUUCUGGAAGGACGGCUUCGGCCGCAUUCACGAAAUCCAGCAAAAACACACUCAGGAAUAUGGAAAGAUCUUCAAGUCUCACUUUGGUCCCCAGUUUGUUGUAUCCAUUGCAGAUCGAGACAUGGUUGCUCAAGUCCUCCGAGCAGAAGGCAGAGCACCACAAAGAGCCAACAUGGAAUCCUGGCAGGAGUACAGAGAUUUACGGGGGAGAGCCACAGGGCUCAUUUCUGCGGAGGGGGAGCAAUGGCUAAAAAUGAGAAGUGUACUGAGACAAAAAAUUCUGAAACCCAAAGAUGUGGCUGUUUACUCUGAAGGAGUCAAUGAAGUUAUCACAGAUUUAAUUAAAAGAAUCCACACCCUCAGAAGUCAAGAGGAGGAUGGGGAAACAGUGACCAAUGUUAACAACCUUUUCUUCAAGUAUUCAAUGGAAGGUGUGGCGACUAUUCUGUAUGAAUGCCGGUUGGGCUGCCUGGAAAACAACGUCCCACAGCAGACUGUUGAAUAUAUUGAGGCUCUGGAAUUGAUGUUUAGUAUGUUUAAGACCACUAUGUAUGCAGGUGCUAUUCCCAAAUGGCUUCGUCCACUUAUUCCAAAACCCUGGAGAGAGUUCUGCAGAUCCUGGGAUGGACUCUUCAAAUUUAGUCAAAUCCAUGUUGACAACAAAUUGAAGGCAAUUCAGUCUCARCUGGACCAAGGAGAAGUAGUGAAUGGUGGGCUUCUUACACACCUCCUAGUGAGUAAGGAACUUACUUUGGAAGAGAUCUAUGCCAACAUGACUGAAAUGCUUCUGGCAGGAGUGGACACAACUUCUUUUACUUUGUCCUGGGCAAUAUAUUUGUUGGCAAAGCACCCAGAGGUGCAGCAACGUGUUUACGAGGAAAUAGUCAAUAAGCUGAGGAAAGAUCAAGUUCCUGUUGCUCACGAUGUCCCAAAAUUGCCUUUGAUUAGAGCUGUCCUGAAAGAAACCUUGAGGUUAUAUCCAGUAUUGCCAGGAAAUGGAAGAGUGACUCAAAAAGACUUGAUCAUUGGAGGAUACUUGAUACCUAAGGGGACCCAGCUGGCACUUUGUCAUUAUGCUACUUCAUACAGUGAAGAAAAUUUCUCAGUGGCGAAUGAGUUCCGACCUGAGCGCUGGCUGAGGAAAGAUAAUUUGGACAGAGUAGACAACUUUGGCUCCAUCCCCUUUGGUUAUGGCAUUCGAAGUUGUAUAGGAAAAAGAAUUGCUGAGCUGGAAAUCCAUCUUGCACUGAUUCAGYUACUUCAGAAUUUUGAAAUCAAGAUUUCUCCCAAAACUGAACCAGUUCAUGCCAAAACUCAUGGACUUUUGACUCCUGGUAACUCCAUCAAUGUGAGAUUUUCUGACAGAAAGUGAGACUCAAAUGUUUUGGAAGUACUUACACAAUUUUCAUGRAAACAGAUUUGCAUCUUGUGGAAAUUUAAACAUGCUUGUUUUCUGGUUUGUAGGUAUUUGACAAGACCACGAAGUUUUAUGUUCUGCCUUAGUUUGAGCAGUACAUAAGAGCAAUUACCUCUCUUAUUACAGUUAAUAACACAUAUGAAAAUAUAUACCGAAAAAAWUCCUUCUUGCACUGGGAAUCUCCUUUUAUCUGGGAAAAUUUCUAGUAAUUACAACACAUGCAUUGAAAAAAAGCCAACCAAAAGUAAAUUCAGACCCAUCAAUAUCAUUCAGUGGUUUUGUUAUGUUGCUACUCAGUGAGUAUGUUUGAGAGCAAGGGGAUUACUAUGUAAUAUGUGAAAAUUAGCUGCAUGUAUAAAUUUGUGUUUUCCUGUUUCUUGUCGUCCAGUGUUUUUUAAAGUUUUCCAUGUAACAUUGAAAUUAUGAGAUCCUUUUUUUAUUUGUAAAAACAUUUACURUGCAUGUAUUAAAAAAUAAUCCAGUAAUAUGAAAAGUAAGGAUAGAAGAAAUACAGCUGGCAUSAUGUUGUUUGGACUUGAAAUACAGAACAUAUACAAAUUAAUCUAAACAUAAUCCCCAUAAAAUAUUUCUAUAUAGUUUUCAAAAAAUAAAAAUCUUAAAAAUGAUAGCUUAAAUGUCACAAUGGAGUGUUAGAAGCCAGGCAUUGUUCUCCUCACCAAAGCACAAGCCACUUUCACUGUUCUAGCUAUUAUGCCAAGCCCAAAUGUAAAUAUUAAAAUGAAGUAAUUGUUACAUCUUUAUCAUUYAAUUAAAAUACUACUUUUAACUUUAUUCACAGUUUUCAACAGUGAGAACUGGAAACUUCACAUUUAACAUGCUGAACACAUAGGCAAAUACAUAGUUCUUUAGGAUGGAAUUGUGACUACUGAAGUAUUCAGAGAAUUUUUGUUAUUAUCCAGUGCCUAAUAGAGAGAAUGGACACUUGGAAGUUUGGGGUUGGUUUUUUGGUUUGUUUUUUUUUUGU